AUGGAUUUAUCCCAACCACAAACCGAGAUGGUGCCCACGAAAAGUCGCUCGCGCUCAAACACGGCUGUCUCUAUGAAGGGGAGAAAGCGCCAGCUUUCCCGGGGAUCAACAACAAGUCUACACAGUGCCGCCACGCUACACGACCAACAAACGGACGGUAACCCCGCCGAAUACCAGAAACAAUGGUUUGAGAACGAGCAACAACAAAGAUUCGCGGGUGGCGGCCAUGUAACUGCCGAAGACAUGGUUAUGCAGUCCGCCUCACAGCUGCGAGACCCGCGGGACUAUGGCAUCGACCCCGCGCUGGGUGCUGCGGUCAACCAUACCUUAGGAUACUCGCAUGACGGCUCGUAUAGGCCCGAACAUGCACGGCGGUCUCUACCAACCGAUGGGUAUGGAACAAAUUUGGAAGAUGAUAGCCCUAUGCUUGAAGGCCGUAGCGAUGAGCAGGAUGACGUCGAUUCGUUAGCUGGUGCUAAUGGAGCUCCCAAAAAGGCUUCGAAGUCGAGCGCAGCAAAUGAGCUUGAGAUGCGCCAGCUAUUUCAAAAUAAUAAGCACCGCAAACUGCCUGAAGUAGCUACAGAGCUACAUGGCAAUGAAAGGGGACCGCGGUCCGAGAGGAUGCGGCAGGUGUUUGCAAUGAUCUGGAUUAAUCAAGUUUGUGACAAAGGAAAAGGGUCAGUACCUAGAGGUCGCGUAUACGCAAACUAUGUUUCAAGGUGUGCAACGGAACGCGUCACGGUGCUCAACCCAGCGUCUUUCGGCAAGCUUGUCCGAGUUUUAUUCCCUGGCCUAAAAACAAGGCGCCUAGGUGUCCGAGGUGAAUCUAAGUAUCACUAUGUCAACUUCAGCCUGAAGGAAGAUCAGCCAAACCUAAUUGAGAAUCCAUCAACGCAAAAAUACCAACCCAUGAAGACGGCUGAAGCCAAGAGAUUUGCUCAGGAGCCUAGUCUUCGGUCACACACUCCGGUGGAUAAACAAGAAUUCCCAGCAACGGGUUUCUCGCCUGUCCUUGAGCAGACAAGUAGGCCUGCAUCUAGCUUUGUGCAAUCACGUAGUCUAUAUAACCAGUCGGUCCUUCACAACCUCCAAGAUCUCGAAUACAACGGCAAAAUAAGCCAGCAUCUGUGCUUUGUCCCGCCGGCAGACAAUUCGAUGCACGAAUAUGAGCCCAUCACGUUGCCAAAGAUUGAACCAUUCAUCCCAGCUGGGACAGAUCCAGAUUCGGCAACAGCGUUGACAGCGCUGUAUCGUUCCCACUGCACCUCUCUAGUGGAUGCGAUCCGCUUUGUCAAACAAAAGACCUUCUUUUAUCUAUUCACUUCCUUUCAUGGAACCCUCACCAUGCCGGUGCAGAAACUCUUUGGUCACGAGAGUAUCGCGCCGUGGAUAGAAGAAUGCGAUUUCAUCAUGUACCAAAAGAUGAUCCGACUUCUAGGCCAUUUGACUCUUGAAGUUGUACCGCAACAAAUUCUAGACACCUUGCAUGCAAUCUCAGAGCGCCUGGUUUCUCACAUCCAGACAUCUUUCCACGGCCAGCCUGCUCACGUCAUCGAUGCCAAGGUCGCUCCUGCAACCCUAUUCGCUGGCUUGUUAGAUCGCAUGUGCAGAGUCAACCUCACGGCCCAUGCAGCCGCAAAUAUGCUUUCUCAUCCUCCUAAUCGGGAUCAGAUGUACCAAGAUUGGAUAUCGAUGGUACGUCUGCGAAAGGUCGCAGAAUGCAUCCCAACAAGGGCAAUGGAUGAUGUGGCAAGGCUCCUCUUAACGGAGUUACGAGAUCUUCUUGAUCCAGUUACGGUGGCUUGGGAUAUAGAAAGUGUCACACCAUACGGUGAUAUGUCAGCUCGAAGCGGUAACCAAAGGGAAUCCAGCAUUCAUUUAGAUUCGACGACAGAAAAUGUCCUCGAUCGCUGGGUCAAUUUCUUGGUCUCGAUUCCGGGUAGGUUCUCCUACGCUAGCCCCGCGGACAUUAUAUGGUGUGUCGAGCGCGUCGGCACAGCAGUGAUGAGAGAUCUCACUAUCAAGUCCGGCCAGAGUUUUGGAUCCUGGUGGGUCACAAAAUGCUGGAUCGACGAGAUGAUAUCUUUCAUGGCCGAGAAGGGUGGUUUCAUGGAAUACAAGACAUCCAACACCAGGCGGAACGAGAACACAGUCCAGUCUCAACAGAACCGAGCGGCCGAAUCGAACCCGAAUGUAUAUAAUGGCCUGCCCAUGGACGACUUUGAGCAUCAGCAGUAUAUGAACGGCUCUAAUGGCCACGGCAUUACGAUUCCAGGUCCGAUGGACACGGCAAGCAGCGCAGCUAUGAAUGUUGUUUCCGGACAUGAUGACAGUGGAAUUGGCAUGCGGACGCCAGACGACGAGUUCUCCAUGAGCAAGUUCAACUUCAGCGAUGCUCAAAUGGGAACCCCUAAUAUGGAUGGAACGAUCAACCUCGCACAGGCAGCUUAA